CCUCGCCUCGCCAUUCCCCCCCACCCAUCCGUCCGCCACCACCGAACCCAUCCACCCGUCCGCCGUCGCGAUCCAUCCGGCCCGACCAGACCCACAAGCCGGGCCAGGCGGCGGGCGACGACCGGGGAGGAGGAGGCGGCGGAUCGGGGGACGGACGGGCGGAUGGGCGGCGGGCAGUAGGACGGCGGCGGGACGCGGCUGGAGCGGCGGGAGGAGGGCGAGGGCGGCGGCGGCGGCGGCACCACCAUGUCUGCGGUAGUCUGCGGCAAGAGGUCCUCCUCCAUCUUCGCGGACGACCUGCUGCUCCAACAGGCCUCCUCCUCCUCCCCUCCCUCCCCCCGCCACAGCCCCGCGCCCAAGCGCUCCCGCUACGCGCACCACCACCUCCGCCGGGACGGCCGGGACGCGCUCCUCAACCACCUCCGGGCCGCCUUCCCCGCCAUGGAUCCCCAGUUGCUUGAGAGGGCCCUUGAAGCGUCUGGAGAUGAUUUGGAUUAUGCAAUAAAGAGUCUGAAGGAGCUGCACCUCAUGGAGUCAAAUCAGGCUAACCUGUCGGCCGCUGGUUCCGCAUUUGAAAACGGGCCGACUGCAGUCCAACCAUCUGUUGAAGGCAUUGUUACCAGCGCCGGUGUGGACACAGCUACUGAACACCAACCUGCCGCAGCUAGCCAACAGCCAAGCAAUAGUGGCCCUGAAUGGGUUGAUCUUUUUGUGAGGGAGAUGUCAAAUGCUUCUGACAUGGACGAUGCGCGGGCUCGUGCGUCAAGAGCUCUGGAAGCCUUGACGAAGUCCAUCCUGGAGGGUGCAGGAGCUGAAGCAGCGCAGAGCUUGCAUCAGGAAAACAUGAUGCUCAAGGAGCAGAUGACGGCCGUCCUGUCGCAGAACGCGGUCUUGAAGCGCGCGGUGGCGAUCCAGCACGAGCGGCAGAAGGAGUUUGAUGAGCGGAGCCACGAGGUGCAGGGCCUGAAGCAGCUCGUCCUGCAGUACCAGGAGCAGCUGAGGACUCUCGAGAUCAACAACUACGCGCUGCAGAUGCAUCUGAAGCAGGCCCAGCAGAGCAGCUCCAUGCCCGGGCGCUACAACCCGGACGUCUUCUAGCUUGUCUCCAGGGUGAUGAUGAUGAGCCCUGGCCCUUGGGGACUGAGAGUGGUGCUCUGCCGUAUGAUGAUGAUGAAGGUGACUAGAAAAAAUGUUGUUGUCUGGGAUUUGUUGGGUGGAUGUUGGUUUGCUGACCACCCGUUGCAGUUGGCCCGUGGGAUGGGGCGCAAGGCUCCCAUGAUAGAUCAUGUGUUGUUGGUUCAAACGUGUUGCGUUUAAACAAAACGAUUUUCGUAUUUAAUAUAUAUACAAAACAAUCCCGAUUCUUUGCA